AUGCCUUUCAACGCCUCUAAAGCUGAUCCCGUAGUCGGUGCCAAACUUUUCAAGACCCGUUGUGCCCAGUGCCACACGGUCGAAAAAGGUGGUAGUAAUAAAACUGGACCAAAUCUCCAUGGCCUUUUUGGCAGAAAAUCCGGCCAGGCUCCUGGAUUUACCUAUACUGCUGCAAACCAAAACAAAGGAGUAAUCUGGGGGGAAGAUACAUUGUUUGAUUACCUCGAAAACCCCAAAAAAUAUAUUCCCGGAACUAAAAUGGCAUUCGCAGGAUUUAAAAAAGAACAAGAUCGUAACGAUGUGAUUGCUUAUUUAAAACAAGCAACUGUCUAA